AUGAAGGUGCUUCUCUUCUUCCUCCUCCUCAUCCUCAAUGCCUGUCAGUCUUUUGGCCAGCAAGGUUCAGGCCUCUCUGGGAAGCAAGUCGUUUUUGCGCAAGCGUCGAAUACUGCCCAUGUGGUUUUGAAGGCCUCCCCGAAACAGCCGUUGACCGGCUUCACCGUGUGCCUGAAACAUUACACGGACCUGACCCGUGCUUACAGCCUUUUCUCUUAUGCCACCCGGAAAAGCCACAAUGAUAUCAUCAUCUACAAAUACAAGCCCAACCAAUACAGCUUCUAUGUGGGAGGUGAAGCAGCGACCUUCCUGACCCCAGAAAAACAGUCGCUUGAAAGAGAGACCUUGUGUGCGUCUUGGGAUUCUACCACAGGGCUGGUGAGGUUGUGGGUGAACGGAAAACGUCUACCGCCAAAGAGCCUGAAGAAAGGAUACUCUAUAAGCGCAGACUCGUCGAUUGUGCUCGGUCAAGAUCAAGACAACAUGGGAGGCGGCUUUGACAUCAACGACUCCUAUGUCGGAGAGCUCCUGGACGUGAGGAUGUGGGAGAGGGUGCUGUCCCAUGAGGAAAUGGAGCUCGCCUCGCUUGACGACAAUAUUCCUGGCAACGCCAUGUUUGAUUGGGAAACAGUCAAUUAUGAAGUGAAGGGUGGUGUUAUUGUUGAGCGCGCAUGGUCACCUUAAACACAAGAGCAUGUUCUGGAAAGUGGGCAUGUGGUUAUUCUUUAAAAUGUCUUGGUUGUUCAUGUUUGUAUGCAACUUGUUGAUGUGCAGUGA